AUGGCCGAGUUUGAGAUUCCCACCGAACAAUGGGCCCAAGUCAUUGAACAAACCGGUGUCACAACCUACAAGAAGAUCCCCGUCAGGCAACCUGGCCCCGACGAAGUCCUCAUCAACAUCAAAUAUUCCGGCGUCUGCCACACCGACCUGCACGCCCUCAACGGCGACUGGCCGCUCGAGCGAAAGACGCCCGUCAUCGGCGGCCACGAAGGCGCCGGCGUCGUCGUCGCCAAGGGAGACUACGUGACGGACAUUGAAAUCGGCGACUACGCUGGCAUCAAGUGGCUUCACUCGUCGUGCCUGGCAUGCUCGUUCUGCAUCCAGUCGCUUGAGCCGCUGUGCGACCAUGCCCAGCUCUCGGGAUACACCGUCGACGGGUCGUUCCAGCAAUACGCCGUAGCCAAGGCGGCGCAUGUCGCCCGCAUUCCCAAGCACUGCGACUUGGCCGCCGUGGCGCCCAUUCUCUGCGCCGGCCUGACCGUAUACAAGGGCCUCAGGGUCUCGGGCGUCCAGCCAGGCGGCUCGGUUGCCAUUGUAGGCGCUGGCGGUGGCCUCGGCAACCUCGCGAUCCAGUACGCCAAGGCCAUGGGUAUGCAUCCCAUUGCCAUCGACGGCGGCGCAGAGAAGGGCCAAGCAUGCCUGGAUCUUGGUGCGACGACAUACAUCGACUUCAUGACAUCAAGCAACAUCGUCACCGACGUCAAGGCCGCCACAUCAGAAGGCCGCGGCCCUCACGCGGUGCUCCUCCUCGCCGCCUCGGACCGGCCGUUCCAGCAGGCCAUCCAGUACGUGCGGUCCAACGGCACAAUCGUGUGCAUCGGCAUGCCCGCGGGCGGAAACUACCAGGUGCCCGUGUUCGACGCCGUGGUGCGAUGCAUCAACGUCAAGGGCUCUUAUGUGGGCAACCGACAGGACACGCAAGAGGCGAUUGACUUCUUCGCGCAGGGCAUGGUCAAGGCGCCGUUCAAGGUGGCCGAGCUGAAGGACCUGCAGAGUGUAUUCGAUAUGAUGAAGGCGAACCAGAUUGUGGGACGAUAUGUGCUCAAGGUGAGCGACUGA